AUGGCUACGAGUGGUGUGAGCGUGAUGCAGCGGUGCAGCGUGGCUGCGCGGUUGUUCAUGACGGCGGAGAAGGCGGAGGUGGCGGCGGUGCCCCUAUUUUGUGGGCGCGGGGACAAGAAGACGAAGAAAGGUAAGAGAUUCAAGGGAUCGUACGGUAACGCUCGGCCAAAGAAGGAGAAAAUGAUAGAGCGCAUCAAGGACAAGGCCCAAAUAGAGAACAUACCUGCUGCAAGCAGAGUUGUCGUUAUUCCAGGAGAAUGA